GCCUAUGGCGAAGUCGUGAUCCAAGGAAGCAGGUCAUUUACAGCGUAUUUAAAAGCGGACUACAAACUAACUAUUGGAGUUAUGUCACUACGACCAUACCACUGAAAUAAAGGACCAGGAAAUAAAACGGUGUCAAAGCCAUGCAGGUGUCCGUGAGAAGGCUGGCUCUGUGUCCACUGGGUGUUUCCCAGUUUUCCGGCCAAAUCGGCGGCGCUCUCCUGAGCCCAGUAGCCGGCCUCCUGUCCACCAGACUCCGCACCCUGUUCAGUGAGACGGGAGUGUGGGAGAAGGACUAUAAAACAGAGACCCGACGCAGAGUGGAAGAAUGGUGGCACCCACGAAUUAUGGCACAGUGGCAGAACGAUGCGCUGGAGGAGAGUUCCAACAGGAAGAAGUUUUAUGUCCUCUCCAUGUUUCCGUACCCAUCAGGCCGCCUGCACAUGGGACACGUACGAGUGUACACCAUCAGUGACACAAUCGGCCACUUCCAGAGAAUGAGAGGCCACCAGGUGUUGAAUCCAAUGGGUUGGGAUGCUUUUGGACUUCCAGCUGAAAAUGCAGCCAUUGAGAGAGGACUGGACCCAGAGGAGUGGACUAAAAGUAAUAUCCAGUCCAUGCGGGAGCAGCUGGACAGCCUCGGCCUUUGCUUCAACUGGGACCGGGAAGUGACCACUUGCCUUCCAGACUACUACAGGUGGACUCAGUAUCUGUUUAUCAAGCUCUUUGAAGCAGGACUGGCCUAUCAGAAAGAGGCUGUGGUGAACUGGGACCCUGUUGAUCAGACAGUGCUGGCUGAUGAGCAGGUGGAUGAAAACGGUCUCUCCUGGAGGUCUGGUGCCCUGGUGGAGCAGAAGCUGCUCACACAAUGGUUCAUCAAGACUACAAACUAUGCCAAGCCUCUCCUGGACGCCCUGGCAGACCUUCCGGAGUGGUACGGUGUCAAAGCCAUGCAGGCAAACUGGAUUGGAGAGUGCACCGGCUGCUACUUCGAUUUCAAGCUCAAGGUGAACGGGGAGGAGACGGGGGAGACCCUGUCGGCCUACAGCUCCUCCCCAGAGACGGUGUUCGGAGCGGCUUACCUGGCCGUCCUGCCCUCCCACAGACUGCUGCACGGUAGAAGCGCAGUGCGCUCGGCUUUGGAGAAAGCCUUCCAGCCAGGCAAAGACUCCCUCACAGAGGUCACUGCUCAAAACCUGUUCACCGGUCACGAGGUUCCCCUGGUCAUAUCCCACAGGGAGGCGUUUGACGGCUAUCUGGACACUGUGAUCGGUAUCCCAGACUGUAGUGAGGAGGAUCUGUCUGUGGCCACAGCUCUGAAUCUGAGGUGGACAGCUGUACUGAAAAGUGAUGAAGACGGGAGACAAACGCUGAUCAACUCUGAUGAGUUCUCAGGCCUCACCAGAGAGCGGGCAUUUGACUCCGUUACCCAGAAGGCUAGCGAGCAGAAGGUUGGCGGCCACCUUACCAGCUCCAAGCUCAGGGACUGGUUGAUAUCAAGGCAGAGAUACUGGGGCACACCCAUCCCUGUAGUGCAUUGUGGUUCUUGUGGUCCAGUUGCUGUCCCUGAAGAGGACUUACCAGUUACAUUACCAAAGCUGCCAUCUCUCAAGGGAAAGGGUGCGUCGCCACUGGAGGCCGCUCAUGACUGGGUCAACUGCAAGUGUCCCAGAUGUAAGGGCCCAGCGAGGAGGGAGACCGACACCAUGGACACGUUUGUGGACUCCGCCUGGUAUUACUUUAGAUACACAGACCCUCAUAACCCAGACAGGCCGUUUGAGCGCCACCUAGCGGAUCACUGGCUGCCCGUGGACGUGUACAUCGGAGGGAAGGAGCACGCUGUCAUGCACUUGUACUACGCUCGCUUCCUCUGUCACUUCUGCAAGGAUCAGGGUCUUGUCGCUCACCGGGAGCCUUUUCGGAAGCUGCUGGUCCAGGGUCUGAUCAAGGGCCAGACAUUCAAACUAGCAGACAGCGGCCGGUACCUAAAGAGAGAAGAAAUCGACUUCACAGACAAGGAGCCGGUGGUGCAUGGCGGUGGUCGUGUUGAGGUGACAUGGGAGAAGAUGAGCAAGUCUAAACACAACGGUCUGGACCCCCAAGAGGUGGUGCAGAAGUACGGCUUGGACACAGUUCGACUCUACACCCUUUACGCUGCACCGCCUGAACAGGACAUCCUCUGGAAUAUCAAGACCGAUGCCCUCCCUGGUGUCCUACGAUGGCAGUCUCGGCUCUGGCAGCUCGUGACCAAGCUGAGGGGGGCUCGGCAACUCGGAGACGUCCCCAGCCCCUCCCUGCUGAAAAAGAAAGAGCUGGCGGAGGCGACGAAGAUCUGGGAGAACAAGAACUACGCUAUUCAAGAGGUGACAUCUCACUUCACAGAGGACUUCCUCUUCAACGCAGCCAUUUCUCGACUGAUGGGACUUACCAACACACUGAGUAGUGCGACGGUCAGGGUGGUGCAGCACAGCGUGGAGUUUGAGGAAGCUCUGGCUGCGCUGGUUUUAAUGACGGCACCAAUGGCUCCGCACUUGGCUUCUGAACUGUGGGCAGGUCUUUGCCAGGUAAGAAACCCCCUCAGCCGCCUCCUCCAGCGGGGGGGAGCCGUCCUGCAACAGUUCUGGCCAACUGUGGACCCCGAGUACCUGGAAGCCCCUGACUUUGUGGAGCUGUCUGUGCUGAUAAACAACAAGGCCUGUGGGACAGUGGCCGUGCCUCUGCAGGUGUCCAAAGACUGUGAGCGGGUGCAGCAGCUCAUCGUGGAGAGUCCGUUUGGACGGAAGCUUCUUGGCGACCGCAGCAUCAAGAGAGCCAUCCUCUCCCCCAGGACUGCCCUCAUCAACUUCCUCGUUGACGAGUGAUAUUUGGGCAUUCAACGCUACUUUUGUAUCUUCUAGAUGGUUGUGAACAACUGUCAAUCAUUGACUCAAAGAGAGAGAGACAAAAGAGGUGGACUUUUAUAUUAAGACAAAGGGAAUGUCUGUUUAUAUUAACUGUCACAAAUUCAAUGUAAAUAUGUCUAAAAGAUAUUUUAUUUAUACUUUGCUGUUGUGGGGUUUCUUCUCUUUAAAUUGAGAGAGAUUAGGCACCUGUCUCUGUCAGAUCAUCCUCCCGUUUAGUCAGACCCGCUUGACAAUAAGCCCAAACACCACUUCAGAUUACAGUCUUCCAUCAGAGUCCUCCUUUCUCCAUUAACGCCACUUUCAGCAUCGCACCCAGGACCACAACUUCACACCUCUCCGUCUCCCAUCUGCCUAAUGUCUCAUCUGAGUCACUCAGUCCAGAUCUGCCUCAUCGGCGUUUGUCUCUCUGCUGCUGCUUUUAGCCGCUGAUCUCUUCUGACCGCCAUACACGGAUACACGUUUGGCUUCUGGACCUGCCACUGUGCUCUGUGAACCCCGUCGCCAUCACCGGGCGUAUUGUGGGUCACUGAAGAGCCUCAUGUGGAUUGGGAUUUUGUAGCUUCCCACUAUUUCGUGGCUGCACUGUGCUUAUUAAUCAGCGUGGCGUCUCUGUCUCAGCAUUGGGUCAACAUGAGUCAGACAUCAGCACUGAAAUGUAUCCAUGUGCACGCCCACUGGCCUAUCUUUAAUGGCUUGGUGAGUAAGCACUUCUUUGAUAUGUGGUAGCACUCGCAGUGCCCACGUUGCCUGUAAACCAAGAUUUUCAGUAGCUGCUGAACAAAAGCGUCAUAUUUUGUCUGGGAUCAGUGUGUGAAUGAAGAUAAAGGAAUGUGAACUCUUUGAAAAGUGAGAUAUGCGUGUCAGUGUCGCAAGGUCGGCUUCCGUUUGAAGAAGUGCUGUUAUUUUUAUAGUGUAAGAUGGUCAGCUUGUGACUGAUACAAAUCAUGCUGUAUCACAUUAUGUGAGGUGAUAGAGGGUUUGCUUUUCUUACAAACAUGAUGAAUAAACAAAAAGUUGUGGACAGAACAAAAAACAGAACAUUCAUUGCUGAUCCCCCGCCCUAACUUUUUUGUCUAUAUUUCUAUGCUCCAUCUCUGACCAUCGGGUGACAGGAAAAGGCUCACAGGAGAGAAAGAAUAACAGGAAGAGAAACCAGGAAUAAGAAGAGGGGAGCAAAAAGCCAACGCUGCGUUAGUUAUUCUCUGUAUUGUCUCGGAUUCUGUGAAUUUGAUCUCUACCAGAUGCUGCAACAGCACAAGACAGCAAGCACUAGACAAAGAGAGAGGGGUAUUUUGUCUUCCGACACAAUUUUUGUGAGCCUUGUUUUCUUUCACGCUGGCUGUAUAUAAUAUAUAAAUAAUUGUGUCAGGUAUUAUUUUCCCACCUUCCCU